AGACCAACACUAUCAACAUACCCAAAGCACCUGAGCGUCCAGUAUCCAUUGAGGAUCCAGUUAAGGGCAUCAUUAUCCAGAACAAUCGCAAUAAGAUGCAGCUUCUGGCUAAGACAGUGAACAUUACUUCCCCGGUACAAUGGACAACAGCAGAAGCCGACAUCAGCUCCUGCAGAAGAUCCUGAACUUGCAGCUCUCCCUAUGCAUAAACGAAUCCAGGAGAGAGAAGCUCAGAAGGCCAAAAAUAAACUUUCUGAGCCUAAAGCGGAACCUGUGACUGAUUCCAUAUCCGUUGUGAGGAGACAUGAUGUGUCCCGUGUGUAUACAGAACUGAUUCAGAAAACUGCUAAGCAUACCAGUCAUAAUAAAUACAGUCAGGGGAAAACGCCUCCUGCAAACAUUUCACCCAAAGUUGUGCACAUCUCUUUGGAUGACUUUAAAAGGUUGCAGUCUCAGAAGGCCAAAGUGAUAGUUGUUCCUUCCGGGGAGAAGAACAAGGCUGGUACAGUGAUACACCUCAGCACUGGUGGGAUCAGGACGUCAUCCAGCUCGCCAAAUGCUAAGUCCUAUAUUGAAAACAACAAAGAAGAGCAGAAGGCAUCGCCAGCUCAGGGUGUGGUGCCCACGAAAGAUGUGAAAGUCCUGGAACAUUCCUCUGAUAAGAUCACAGUUCUGAAGACCAGUCCUGUUGCAGAAACCCCUGAGAAAACGGAAAUGGAAGAGAAGAUUGAUGAAACUCCAGAUAGUGAUCAGGUAUCAGAACCUCCCCACAAAACAGUUGAAACUCCAAAGACAAUCAUGAAGACACCAAAGAAAACCGUGUUUCGCAAAAAGGUAGAUGAGGAAGAAGAUGCAGUAAAGGAAGAAGAUGAAGAUUCUGAAUGUCCUGUUCCCAAAAAGAAAAGGAAGUCUGUGUCUUGGUCACAGAACCUCACAACAGAAUCUCCAUAUGUUCCCUUGCCACAAGAAGCACAGACUCCAAGCCCAGCACGGUCUACCUGCUUGUAUAAGGAUGGCAUUCAUCGUCGAGUACCAAGGAUGCAUAAGAAAGUCGAGGAAACGGUGGUUUCCAAAGAUGAAGAAAUUGGAUCUGAGAAAACUGUCAUCAAUGGAAUGAUAGUGUCAAAAAGUGCUUUGCAGUCUGCACCUGUUGUCAAGACAUACAGUAAACAAGAACCAGAGAGAAAGCGAAGUUAUGAGUCUGACUUUUUCGUCGAGGAUGGUCCCCCAGAGAAUCGGGAACCAUCACCUCCAAAACUUACAAAGAUUGAACAGAGUGAUUGCGCUGUUAUUGAUCAUUCUGAAGAUGCUCCACCUGAUAUCUUUUCUGAUCCUGAAAUUGAAACCGUUUCAAGUGGCACUGAUUUGACCAGUACCCCAAAACCUAGUACCUGUUUGUAUACAUACACCAAGGAAAAGAAGAAGAAACUCUUUCCAAAGGAAAAGGAGACAAGUGAUGAGUCAACAUGUGCUAAGGUUGUACGGAGAACAAAGCGAUCUCCCCACACUGUUAGAACAACUCGAAGAGGUAGGGUGUCAACUCCAGUACGUGAUGACAUCGUUGACAUCGUUGCAGAAAUUCCUGAAGUGAAUGAGACAAGGAGGCGAGGGAGACCCUCAUCUUCUCUUGUGUGUUUUGCUGUACAAAAGAAAGAUGAUAUUGAUACAGAAAAGAAAGUCAAAUUUACGAAGGUCUAUCAAAGGAACAAGGAGAAGGAUCCAGCAGAGAUGGACAGUGAUCAGUGUGAUAUGCAAGAGCCAGUGUUGGACUUGGUGUCAGAGGCCAACGUGGAAGACUUUGAGGAGGCAGUUAGCGAUGAUGUCGAGAUGGUGGACAUGGGGACUGUGGCACCUGCUGUUGAUGAUGUCUCCAGAAAGGAUACAGCUGCUACAGAGGAACAUGGUCAACCAGGAGAGGGUGUUGGAGAGGCUGCUUCUGGAGAUAAGAAUUUAGAAAAAGAAGGUGUAGAAACUUUAGAAGAAGAACCUGAAACAGUACAAGAUGAACAAGCAGAAAAACAGGCAGAAAAAGAAGAGGAGGAGCAAAAGAGAGAAGAGCAAAAAGAAGAGGAAGAGGGAAAAGAAGAAGAAAAGGAGGAAAAAGAAGAGGAGAUGCAGUCUGAAGAAGAAGAUGAAGUUAUCCAGUUAGAGGAAACUGCAUGUAGUGGCACCCAGACAGUUCAAUUUGCAGAAGUUGAUGGAAAAGUUGUUCCUGUUGAGGAGGUUAAGGAGGAAAAGGAAGAAAUAUUGAUUGAUGAGACGGAGGGUGAAAAGGAGGACCAGACGAAGGAAGAAUCAUCUCAGUUAGGUCAAGGGCUUGGUAAAGUAUGUCAGACAGAGGAUGUAGGUCCUGAUACUGCUGAAAUUCAGCAGCAGGAAUGUGAAGUUGUCCUGGAAGAGGCAGAGGUUAAGCCGCCAGAGCAGCAAGAUGUUGAACAUGAAGUUGAAUCACAGCAACAAGAUGCUGAUGCUGAAGUUGAGUGUGUGGUUGAGCUAGGGCAGGAUGCUGCUGAAAUUCAAGAUGAGCCCGAGAUGCAAGAAGCUGAGGUUGAAUUAAAAAAUCAAGUUGAAGUUGAGCAUGAGAUGAAGCCAGAGAAGCAAGGUGCUGAAGUUGACCAUGAGGUUAAGUCUGGGAAGCAAGAUGCUGAAGUUGAACUUGUAGUUGAGCUAGAGCAGCAAGAUGCUGAAGUUGACCAUGAGGUUGAGCCUGGGAAGCAAGAUGCUGAAGUUGAACUUGUAGUUGAGCUAGAGCAGCAAGAUGCUGAAGUUGAACAUGAGGUUGAGCCUGGGAAGCAAGAUGCUGGAGUUGAACUUGUAGUUGAGCUAGAGCAGCAAGAUGCUGAAGUUGAACAUGAGGUUAAGUCUGGGAAGCAAGAUGCUGAAGUUGAACUUGUAGUUGAGCUAGAGCAGCAAGAUGCUGAAGUUGAACAUGAGGUUAAGUCUGGGAAGCAAGAUGCUGAAGUUGAACUUGUAGUUGAGCUAGAGCAGCAAGAUGCUGAAGUUGAACAUGAGGUUAAGUCUGGGAAGCAAGAUGCUGAAGUUGAACUUGUAGUUGAGCCAAAGCAGCAAGACGCAGAAGUUGAGCAUCAGGUUGAAUUACAGAAUCAAGUUGCUGAAGUUGAAGUUGAUGUUGAAUCAAAACAACAGGUUCCUGGAGUUGAACAUGACAUUGAAUUACAGCAGCAGGUUGCUGAAGUUGAACUUGAGGUGCAGCCAGAACAGCAAGAUGAUAAAGUUGGAGAUGAAGUUGAAUCAGAUCUUAGAGAUGCUGAUGUGCAUAUGAACCAGAAACAUGCUGAUCAGCCAGAUGUGGCUGAAGCUGAAAGUAAUAAGGACAGUGAGUCAAAAGUUGAUGAAUCUCAUUUGGCUGAAGAGGAACCAAUGGAACAGGAAGAUGCUGAAGUAGAAGAGCAAGUAAAAUCAGAACAAAAAUAUACUGAAGUUGAAAAUGGUGUAAAAUUAGAUGUUGAAGAUGUCAAAGUGGGAAACUAUCUAGAAAUGUCUGAAGUUCAAACAGAUGAAGUCUGUAUGGCCAAGGAUGCAGCAAGGGACAAGCCAGAAUCUGCAGAGAGAAGACUGUCAGAUGAACUGAACUCUGAAAGACAGGAACUUAAUACAACUGGAGUGGUAAAGAUGGGUCAAACAGAAAGUCUGCAAACCUAUGUUGACACACAGGUGAAGGCUACAUCAUCAAUUCAACUUGAUAACAAGAGCUCUGGCUCAAAUGUAAAGACAGCUGCAUCAACAACUGAUGAGUCUUCUAACUUACAUGCCAAAACAGAUUCAUCAAAAGAUAGCAGGCCAUCUGACUCUGAUGCUAAAAUGUCUCCAUCAAGUGAUUCCAAGUCAUGUAAUUUCGAGGUUAAGACACCUUCAUCAAGUGAAAGAAAGUCUUCCGAAUCUGAUGUUAAGACACCUUCAUCAAGUGACAGGAAGUCGUCUGACUCUGAUGUUAAGACACCUUCAUCAAGUGAAAGAAAGUCCUCUGACUCUGAUGUUAAGACACCUUCAUCAAGUGACAGGAAGUCGUCUGACUCAGAUGUUAAAAUGUCUCCAUCAGGUGAUAGGAAGUCCACCGACUCUGAUAUUAAGACACCUUCAUCAAGUGAAAGAAAGUCCUCCGAAUCUGAUGUUAAGACACCUUCAUCAAGUGACAGGAAGUCGUCUGACUCAGAUGUUAAAAUGUCUCCAUCAGGUGAUAGGAAGUCCUCCGACUCUGAUAUUAAGACACCUUCAUCAAGUGAAAGAAAGUCCUCCAACACACAUUCUAAAACAUCUUCAUCAAGUGACAGGAGGUCCUCUGAUUCACACUCUAGGACAAGUUCUUCUUGUGACAGGAGGUCCCACGACUCACACUACAAGUCAAGCUCAUCAAGAGACAGGAGGUCCUCCGAUUCACAUGCCAAGUCAAGCUCAUCAAGCGAUAGGAGGUCGUCUGGCUCACAUAGCAGGUCCUCUUCAUCAAGAGAUAGCAAGUCCUCUCAUUCACAUCACAAGUCAUCUUCAUCAAGAGAUAGCAAGUCCUCUGACUCGGAUGCAAAGUCAUCUUCAUCAAGAGAUAGCAAAUCCUCUGACUCGCAUUACAAGUCAAGCUCAUCAAGAGAUAGAAAAUCCUCUGAUUCACAUAGCAAGUCAAGCUCUUCAAGAGAUAGGAGGUCCUCGGACUCACAUAGCAGAUCAUCUUCAUCUAGAGAUGGGAGAUCCUCGGACUCACAUAGUAGAUCCUCCUCAUCAAGAGAUGGGAGGUCCUCGCACUCACAUAGCAGAUCAUCUUCAUCAAGAGAUGGGAGGUCCUCUGACUCACAUAGCAGAUCAUCUUCAUCAAGAGAUGGGAGGUCCUCGGACUCACGUAACCGGUCUCCUUCAUCAAGAGAUAGCAAGUCCUCAGAUUCAUAUAGCAAGUCAACUUUAUUGAGUGCCAGCAAGUCCUUGGAAUCACAACAGACAACUCCAUCAAAUGAUAUCAAAUCCACAGACUCUAAUGUCAAGACAGCUUUACUCAAGGAAGGCCAAAGUGUAGAGGAUUGCCAAACAGUUCCAAACCAAGAUGUUGUAGUAGCGACUGAAGCCAAGGUAGAGAAACAUCCUGUACAAGUGCAAACAACUGUUGUUGGAUCAUCCAAGGAACCAAAAGUGCCUCAAAGUGAACAAGUUACAGGGACUGAAACUGAGAAGAGGGGUGAAAGGAAUUUGGAAGAGAAAGUGGCAACAGAAACAAGUGUUGAAGGUGAUGUUGAAAUGAGUGUGGUUGAAGUAGCUCAAGUUAAAAUUCAUAAGGUUGAGCAGGAGGAAGUUGCAGUUAGUCAGAGUGAGGUGACUGAAGUUGAAAUGGAACAAGAUGAUGUGAAUGCUGUUGAACGACAAGAGGCUGAUGUUGCUAAAGUUGAAAUGGAUCAGGCUGAAGUGGACAUGGAUGUAACUGAAGGGGAAACUGAAAAAGGAAAUGAAAUAGCAGAUGCAAAUGUGGGGGUUGUAACUGGUGCUGAAACAAAUGAGGUAAAUGUAUCUGAAACUCAUCAGUUGAAAAUCAGUGAAGAAAAUGCAUGUAAGACUGAAGCUGUUCAUACAGAAGUAGCCGAAGCUGUUCACACGGAAGUAGCCGAAGCUGUUCACACAGAAGUAGCUGAAGCUGUUCACACGGAAGUAGCCGAAGCUGUUCACACAGAAGUAGCUGAAGCUGUCCACACAGAAGUAGCUGAAGCUGUUCACAUGGAAGUAGCCGAAGCUGUUCACACGGAUGUAACUGAAGCUGUUCACAUAAAAGUAGCUGAAGCUGUUCACACAGAAGUAGCUGAAGCUGUUCACACGGAAGUAGCUGAAGCUGUUGACACGGAAGUAGCUGAAGCUGUUCACACAGAAGUAGCUGAAGCUGUUCACACGGAUGUAACUGAAGCUGUUCACACGGAAGUGGCCAAAGCUGUUCACACGGAUGUAACUGAAGCUGUUCACACAGAAGUAGCUGAAGCUGUUCACACAGAAUUAGCUGAAGCUGUUCACUCAGAAGUAGCCGAAGCUGCUCACACAGAAGUAGCCAAAGCUGUUCACACGGAAGUAGCCGAAGCUGUUCACACAGAAGUAGCCGAAGCUGUUCACACAGAAGUAGCCAAAGCUGUUCACACAGUAGCCGAAGGUGUAUACACAGAAGUAGCCGAAGGUGUUCGCACGGAAGUAGCUGAAGCUGAUGGACUGAAAGGUGGAGCAGAUCAGUCAAGCAAUAUAACAAACACAAGGAAAGACAAUGUUGAAACUGAAGCCUCAGAAGAUAAACUCAGAAAGUCUAGUGUUAAUGAAGUUGAUACAAAAACAUUAUCUGCGGCUGAAAGUGAAACUGAGGAAACAGAUGUGGAAGUUCAGAUUGCAAGAGAGACAAUUGCUGACACCAUAACACCAGAAGUUGUUGAAGAUAAAUUGGACAAACCCUUUGUUCCAAAAGUUGAAACAAAUCAGAUUGAAGUGGAAUAUGUUGAAACUGAUGUUGUGGAAACAAUUGAAUGUGACGGGGAAACACCAGUCGCAGAAAAUGUUAGUGAACCAGUUGAGGUGGUGUCUAUGGAGGUUGAGGAAGAGUGUGUUGAGAGUGGUGAUGCUGUGUGUGGUGAGUCUGAAGAAUUCCGGAGUGAGGACAUACAGGUUGUAGGAGAGGGAUCAGAAGAAGUUGUUGAGGAGGUUGUUGAGGAGGUAGUGCUGGUAGUUGCUGACGGAGAUUAUGUUGAAACAAGAACUGAAUGUUCUGCAGACAAUGCACCUGCAGUAGGUGUCAGUGUUUCCAAGGAACCAAUAAAUUCCAUGGAAACAGAUGUGAUGGACGUAGGUUCCUGUAACACAGUGACUGAGACCAAAACACAUCCAACCACUAUGUUGGAAACAGUGGGGCAACCCGCUGCUCAAGAUGCAAAGACAAGUGAUGAAAUAAUUCCAAUGGAUACUGACUGUGAUGAAGACCCUGAGAGUAAGGAUCAGGAAAUUAGUGUUCAGAUUAUUGAUGACAGUGUUAGUGCUGACGAAACUGGAAAUUGUGAUACUGUGAACAUAGGCCCAACUGUUAGUGAUUCUAAAUCAAGAGACAGUUCAGAAAUGGUGGAGGAAGUUGUUGAGGAACCCAAAUCUGAUGACCCUCCAGAACUGGACUGUAGUGGUCCUCCAGUGUUGGAAAGAAUAUCCCCCAUAGACUAUAAAGAAAGAUCUGCUUCCCCUGAUAGAUUCCCUGCUGAGGGAUGUCAAACAGGAGCUAACCAAAUGAUUUCCCACCAUACAGUACAUAACAGGUCGGUGAAUGGGACAGAGUCGGACAGCAAGACAUGCUCAGAAUCAGACUCAAAGGAAUUACCUGUGCUUAGUGAGCAACAAAAAGACGAUUCAGGGGAUUUUAAAUCGCCAUCCAGUGAUCCAGUUAAAAAGUCCUGCAAGUCCCCAGUGUUCAGUACACCAAGUGAACUCCCAGUUUUACAAAAGCACAGCCCAACCAAACUUUCACACACAAAGAGCAGUUCGGGUAAGAGUUCGCCUGAAAAUUCUUCUCCUAAAAGGUCUCCAACUUCCUCACCUCCUAAACAGGGUGUUGAUAGAAAUGUAUUCAGUGAGUUUGCCUCCAAUGUGAAUUCCUCCGAUUCCAAAACCAGUCCAACAUCGUCACCCAGCAAAGGCUCACCAAAUAGGCCUAAUCUGCCAAUAGGAUUUGCAGCAUCUCUCAGCAAAUUAAAAGAUAUCGGGACCUUUAAAUUGUCAUCAAAAUCAAAGACAUCAGACGGUUCAUCAUCGGAGGGCAGCAGCUGAAAGACAAACCUCCAUCUUUAGUCACAGAUGAAGAAGCUCUGCAUCUUUUGUAAUAGUCACACCUGAUUGGGCAGCAUGCACAUUUGGAAUCAUUUCAUUGGACAACAGACAGCAGUGGGGGCUCACAUCUUUGUCAUGAUUGACAGCAUCUUCUGAGUGCAUUCAUCAACUGUGGCAUGAAAACUGAUUGUACAUAAUUUCAUUUUAGUGCAUCUGAGAUACUGAAUGAGAAAGACUUUGUGAUAGGACUUGUGGUGUUUGACUACAAGAACCAUUUUACGUUCAUUAGCAUCUGUCAGGUUUUAUUAUGUUCAUAUUUACCAGCGAGACUCACUUUCAUACAUCAAUAUCAGGCAUGAAGAUGUUCUUCGGGACUGAUGCCAUAAUUCUACAGAAGUCCCUGUAAUUGUUGUGGUUGUUUUUGGUUUUUUGUAAAUAAUCCCAAAUUCAUCCAAAGAGAGUGUAUUUUGAUAAACUGCUGUAGCAAUCUCCUGUCUCUUCUUAUUUUGAACCAGCAAACAAUUCUGGAUUGUCCCUCAUAAUGUUCAAACCUCAGAUAUUAUCAGGGAGCUGAUAUUGUCCAGUAGCUGCAAUUUGCUGUGCAGAGUUGCAUCCCUUUAGCUUGAUAGGAACCUAUGAUUAGACAUGUAUCACUGAAGGAUUUUUCUCACAUCAAGCUAACAAGCCUUGACAAAACUGAAAUACAAGCUGGUCAUUUGAUGUAAUACAAGUACUCCUUGUACAAAUCUAGAACUUGAAGCUUACAUUUCAACUGAUAUAGUCACCAGGUACAGUAUACAAUGUAAGAUGUUAUUUAUGACGAAGAAUCAGCUCUGUGAUUUGAUAAAAAAUGAUGCAAUUUCAUGUCAGGAUUCAUAAGUUGGACUGAGACAGUAUCUUGGUAGAUAAUUCAAACUAUGUCAUCAUUAAAUGUUGAAUGUAUUUAGGAUGUGAUGUUGGGACUUUAUGUAAUGCAAGUAUACAGUAUCAGGCUUCCUCUAGUGACACACAUACUUGGAUUCACAGUGUAACUUGGAAUGUACGAAGCUUGUGUCAGUGUGCACAGUAGGUGGAGCAAAUUGUAAAUGUCAGUUAUUUUUCACAUAAUUUGUGAAUUGACCAUGUUUGCCGUCCUGAAGUGUUGUAUAAACAUAUGACAUGAAAUGUUAUCGUUGUUUCGAAUGUGUUGCUGUUCCGUUAUGAUGGUGUAUCCAGUUAGCAGAUCAUUUUGUUUGGUUUUCGUUAAAGAGGUGGGGUUUGCAGUUCCUUGGGCACUGUAACUAUCGCCAUAAGUAUUAAAAUUGACUAUUUAUCUUUAUGCAUGCAUACCCCAAAUUAUUGUAUUUAAAUACUAAUAACAGGGCUUUUGCAGCUGUCCUCCAAGUUAAUUUUGUAAGCAUUAAUAUCUGUUAGGCCACAAGAAAUUAAUUUUCAGAUUUUCAUCCUAUUGCCUUAACCCCAAACAUUCACCUCCAUUCAGAUGAGGAAAAUCACUACCUGUGUUCACUUCUUUCAUUACUUGAUCAACCUUCCAUUCUGGGUUCAAAUCCUGGUUUCCCAGGAUUGUGUUUCGAGGUUUGUUGGGUUCAGUUAAGUGGUUAACAUCUAAGACCUGCAUCUCUUCAGGGGCAGUGGGGUAGCCUAGUGGUUAAAGCAUUCGCUUGUCAAUCGGAAGCCCUAGGUUCGAUUCCAAGGUUCGGUACAAUGUGAGAAGCCCAUUCCUGGUGUCCCACGCCGUGAUAUUGCUGGAACAUUGCUAAAGUGGCAUAAAACCCAACUCACUCACUCACUCAGGCUUUUCCCUGACAUCAAGCUGUUACACAGUGAAACAAAUUGAAUAUUGUCCAAAGCUGAUGUAAACGGAACCCACUUCGUUGAUUGAUGAAUACCCCAUAUUCAUCACACUAUAAGUUUUCAAUUUACAUGAAUUACAUUUUUGUACAGUUAACGUUCCCAGAUGUAUUGAGGAGUUUGUCACAUCGAAAGUACAAUAUUUGGAUGAAAAUCUCAUUAUUUCAUGUGGCCUAAUACAUUCAUUACUGUAAACUAGCACAUUCAGUGGCAACAAGAUGUUCAUGACGAUCAUUCAAACAAGGCUCUCUAUCUUUGUUGCAGACAUAACAGCUUGUAAUGGAUGACGUGAUUUAUAGUCUUUUCGGAUCAUACAUUGGCUUUUUACCUGAAACUUGCAGUUUCAGUGAUGCUCUUGCUAAAUUUGUAAAAAGUACUGUUUAUAUAAUAUUGGUGAAGAUGCCAUUGAAGCUGUUUGAAUUGUGACCACAGUAUCUGCCAGUACCUCAAAUUUGUUAUCAAGCACCUGUUGGUGACCAGAAGUCACUACACAGACUUGAUUUAUCAGGGAUGUAUGACAGCUUGUACGAUCGAUCACAAUUGCAACAUUUCAUUUUUAAAACACUAAGACAUUUCUGUGGCUAGUUUCUCAUAUUUCUGAGAACCUCUUGUUAAGCUGUGAUCAUGAAUAAGGCUUUCUAGGAUAGAUGGUUGACAAUUAUUUUCUCUUUUUAUGUUCCCCUGCUUAAGCAUUGUUCAAUAUAACCGCUAUCCAGCAGUUAUUUUGUGUAAAUGUUCAGGUUCAGUCAGUAUUUAUUGACCCAUAAUUGUUGCUGAUGUGCAAGUGCUAAAUGAUCUGAAAGGUUAGAUCUCAAACUUAGAUUUGUGUUUUUUAUCAUUUAUGGGAACACAUUGCUAGCAUAUAACAUGUAUGUGUGCAGGGACAGUUGUUUAUGUUAGAAUAUUGGGAUAAUCUAUACUUUCCAAAAAUUUACUUUAUGUACAGAAUUAAAUACUUUUGGAUAAAUAUUACCAUGGUUUCUAACAAUUUUAUAGAAGUAUUAUAUACUGCUGGAAAGUGGUUUUUUUAAUUCAGAGUUGAUCCUUAAAAUGAAGGUUUUUGAUGUUUUAGAUGUGUAUGAAAUAUGUUUUUUGCACUUAAUGCAGUUUAAGCUGUUUUCAUAAUGUAAUCUGUGGUAUCUGAAAGUCCUUACCAGAAUCAGUAGGAAAGAUAUGGCUUCAUUGAACACUGUUCAGGGCACUUCUAAGAUUUUGAUGUUAAGUUCACAGGAGUUCUUUGUUGUACUUUGUCACUGAAAGGAAUCAGUGUAUGAAUUUCAAUAAAAUAUUCAUGACUUGUAUGAUGAUCAAAUCAUGUACAUUAUCAUUUAAUUAUGAUUUUUUUAUCAUGUUCAUAUUUUUUUUUAAAUUUGUUGGAUUUUUUUUGUCUCACAUUAUCACAGGGACACAAUAACAGUUAAUAGAGUAAAUCAUAGAGUAAAUCAGGGCCAUAUUCAGAAACCUGUGAUCGUGGGUUUGAACUCAAGUUUGUCCUGGUUAGGAUGCUUGGUUUGUUGGCACCAAGCAUGUUCUCAUGGGCUUUACUGAAGAGAACAAUGUCUGAGACCGGCAUCACUUCAGGGUUUCAAUGCCCAUCAAGCUGGUGCUCUGAUAUAACUGAAAUGUGGGGUAGCCUAGUGCUUAAAGCGUUCGCUGAAGACCCGGGUUCGAUUCCCUCUAUGGGUACAAUGUAUGAAGCCCAUUUGUGGUGUCCCCUGCUGUGAUAUUGCUGGAAUAUUGCUAAAAGUGGCGUAAAACCCAAAUCACUCACUGACUAAAAUGCUGUGAACAGCUGCAUGUCACACCUCAGCAACCUGCACCAGCCGUAAGAGGCAACAGGAUGGAUUGGGUGGUCAGGGUUGGGACUUGGUUGAAUGCAUGUCAUCAUUUUCCGAUGAAGUGCAAUGUUGCUCAUAAUAUCCAUCGCUGGUUCAUAUUCAGAUUUUGCAGGCUGCUAAAAUAUAGCUGGAAUAUUGCUGAGUGCAGCUUGAAACAAACAGAACAUUCAAACCAAGCAUUUAGUUGCAAUUAAUUAAACUUUGCUGGCUCAGUUCAGUGAUUGGGCAGUUCUUGUUAAUAUGCAUUGAUCAUCAUCAUUAUCAUCAUCAUCUGGCAUAGUUCUGUAUUGCACUGUGUGAACUGUACGCACCGGACGCCCUUCACGAGAGCAAUAGAUGAAGCUGUGUUUUGUAUUACAUUUCAUCCAGUUAUAUAUAUAUGUGUGAUCGUGAUUGUCAUAGCUGUACAUAAAUCUAGCUAUCCAGUGAAUUGAGCUUUCAUAAGCCAUACAAAGUAUCAAUAAAACCCAAAUUGUGUAAAAUGAA